AUGGAAAGAUCCGACGACAAUGACAGUGAGCAGAGCAUGUCCACGGCUGCGGCGACAUUACGGCACAUGGAGCAUGUGGUCAUGACUUUGGAUCACAUGAACGAGCAGAUGUCAGAUUUUCGUGGCAUCAAAACUUCCUUAGCAAGGAUUGAAAGGAGCCUCCGUACCAUACCACCGGAGUCCGGCGGUGGGUCUCGCAGACCUUCGGAUGGUUCCGUGACGUCAAAGAUGUCUGCAGCCAGAGUGGACGGCGAAGCGAUGCAAACACCAAAGCCGGACUCGGAACAACUUUCUUCCAUAUACAGACUUGAAGAGCUUCGGGCCGAGGAGCUAUGCAGCAGCAGCAGCAGACGACGACAAGGCGCGAAGCGGUCCACUCGAAGCCCCAAGGGGAGUCCAAGAAAGCCUGCAGGUGAGGCAAGAGAUAUGCUCAACCUACACCAAGCCGGCUCACAUGAUUCUCGGCCUCCUGAAUCGAAGAAGAGCGCGCGAAAGAUGUCCAGAUCUGCUUCCGCUUCAGCGGUUGUUCCGGACCAUACCGUUGACGAAAUCGUCCCACAACCUCCUGUGAGCACGAAGCCACGGGCACCUACAUCGCCACCUGCGAUGUGUCGGAGGAAGUCUUUGGACGAUCUUCGGCAGUUUCACGAUGCAGUGAUCGCGGCCCCCACCUGGGUAACCCCGGUCUCACACAGGAAUUCCAUGGAGACCGCAACAGCACUACCUCUUCUGGGGUGGUUCCUGCUCUCGAUGAUCGGCAUACUCGACUUCUUCGACAGCAGGAAAUGGCGAAACCUUGCACGCUGCAGCCUCGGGGUGCAGAUUGUAGGUGUCAUCGGUCUGAUAGCGGCCAUGAGUACCUGGACUGGUGAUCUCGAGGACCUUGAGCCUCUGAUCACAACGGCGCUUCACUUCUUUGGUGUCGCCGCCGGGGUGCUGAGCCUGCGGAGGAAUAAGAUCACAUGCCUCCUGGGCCCCUCCGAGUACUUGAUGGAUGACUACGCACUCGAGUCGGAUUUUCUGGAUGACUGGAGAAAGGCUUCCAAGGCACGGCUUGUGCAGAUUAGCGGCUUCUUCGUACUUAUGAUCAGUUCGCGCAUUGCCGCUCUGUUUCUGACGGAGAGGGAAAUUUUCGGCAAGUACAAGGAGAUCUUUGGCUUCGAUGUUCUCACAGUGGUGGCCUUUACUUCCAUGGCGUCGUGCUACUGCACGGCUUGCUACUGCGUGCUGCAUGUAACUGCAGGUUUGGAGCUCGCAGUGGACAGCUUUGCAUUGCGCUUCUUCAGCACGGGCGACAUGGAGGCUGCAGUGAUGAGUUGGAACAUUGUGCAAGCCACACUGCGCCAGACUUCGUGCAAACUAAGCGACUUCCUGGUCUUGCUGGCUUCGUCCUGCAUGGGGGCAUUAAUCAUAUUUGCAUACCAGGUCGCAUCCCUGGCUCUCUCUGGGGAAAGGGUGUCCGUGGAGAACAUCAUCAAGUGGCUAGGGUGGUUGUACUCUCCCGUGAUUCUGUUUCUCUAUGUUCUGUCGACUUCAGCAGCCGUAACGGAGAAGGUCGAUCGCUUGGCACCCCUCGUGAACUCCUGGUCAUUCGAUGGUCGGGAGACACUGGACGCAUCGCGGCAGUACGUGGUUUCAUACAUCUUGCAUAGCCAUGCCGGCUUCUAUGUUCGAGGUAUCCGCAUUACAUCCGCGAAUGUGCAGAAGCUCGUCUACUACUUCGCAGCAGGGUCGUUCGGCCUCCUCGCGAACUUGUGGCAGAGAUAG